UGAAAACUGGUCGUGAGUCGCAUUUUUUUUUUCCAGUGCCAUUGUCACUUUGGACGGUCACUCAGUGAACUGUUGUAAACCGAGGACUACCUGCAUUUUAAAUCUCCUAUGCUUUGCGGUUUCGAGGGUGCUUUAUUUUUAUUUCAUUUUUUUUUUCUUCGAUUCCUUCCCUCAGAGCAUGACUCCGGAAAGGCUUUAUGAGUUUACCAAGUUCGUCAUGGAAGAACUGAAGAAGAGGUGUAAAUAUCUCAACUGUCAGCUCCGGAUCCAGGAAACAGAGAUUACUUCCCUGCCCGCCAUCUUCGUUCAAGACUCCCUCAUAAGCUCUGCCCCAUCGGAGAUGUCCCUCCCGGAGGGCAAGGUCACCGUGAUGGGUAUGGAGUACACGCCUGUCUUGAACCCGAGCAGGAUGGGGAAACCGGCCUUCGAUGAUGCGUCCUUCUACCUGAUCCGAAACCUCACCGGGCACGUGCGUGGAAAAAAGAUGUUAGAAGCUCAGCACGAAAAAGACACCGCAGGACUUCCUGGAACAGACCGAGGAGAAUUUCCCAACCAAGCUUUCCCGCCCUUGUUUACUCCGGGCGGUCAUCGUGAAAGCCUUUCGUUGGGAGCGACCUAUCUACUGGCCAAGAAAUCUAGUUCCAUUACCAAAGUCUCCGGAAGCGGGAACUCCAUCCAAAAAUACACCCGACUUACUAAAGCCGACAGGAAGAUGCUGAUUUUCGGAGGCCAGCCAAAAGAGACCGAUUCGGAUUACUUUACCGGAAUCAUCUUCAAUAUCCUGUGGGACAAUUUUGAUAACAUCAUGAACGUUGCUGAGGAAUUCUACAAAAAGGACAAGCAUCAGAUUACGAAACCGGACUGUCUCCAAGAAACCUACGACCUGUGCAUUGAUGCUUUGGGUCAGAAGAUGCUGACCUAUCUUUUCCAAUCCGACGAGUACCACAUUGCUUGCAUCUCUGAGUUCCGGGUGCAGCUGAAGACUUUCGAGGAAGAGCUUCCUCAUGUCGUCCGUCUGGCCAUUGGCAAAAUCUUAAAGGAUCACGAACAGUUCCUUGCCGAAUCCACAGAACAGAUCCGGGGCCACCUGCAGGACCAGCUGAAAAAAUGGACUGCUAUAAAAGACAAAAACAUGGCCAAAUUGCACACCAGUUUGGGACACCCGGAUAAUAUCCCCGUGCUGGAAGCCUUGUGCCAAGAGGAAGAGAAAAGGCAAGUCGAGCAAGUGGAGAGCAUCCUGGUCUGCACCAAGAGGCUGGAGGUGUGCGUCACAGAGUGCGCCCAAAAGUUUGUCUCUACCUUGGCCACUUGCACCGAGAUCAUCCUGAUGGAGCUGGACAACAGCCUCACCAUUGAUGACGUCCAAGUAGGAAAAACGGAAAAAGUCCGAGAGAAAACCAUCACCCUGAUCCGUCGUAAAAAAGCCGGCCUCUCCUUAGAAGUGGAAGAACGGAAACUGGUGGCUGAACGAGGCAGCAGAACCUGGCCCGGCAUCCCACAAACCACCAUCCCGAGUCUGCCGAAUCAGGUGAUCUUUCGAGAAACGGCGUCCGUGACCACAGCCAAAACCACCCUAGGUCACGUCGCUGCGGUGGAAGAGAGAGACGCCGUUUACGCAAAAUUCAAGGAGACGCUCCAGAUGGAAUUUGCCAGGAUCAAGGAGGAAAACUCCGCUCACCUCAUGAAAACCCAACACUGGGCCCAUUGGUGGAAGAAAUCCGUGCAAAAAAUCAAACAGCUCUAUUUGUGAACCAGUCUUGAUCUCCCAGGAUCCACGUUUCCUCGCCCUCUCCCUCCCCCUCCUCCUCGUUUGUGCGAUAUAGACGUAUAAUUUCCAUCUGUAGGAAAAGAAAAAUGUUUAGUCUGAAAAAAUUAAAAAAAACGCUGCUA